GGUAUGAUGUGCCACAAGUGGCUGAAAAAAAUAUGGUAAGAACACCCGUUUCUAUAACAAGAGGCGUAAUAUAUCUUAAACACGAUAGAUUUAUAUUGGGAGAAAGAUUGGAUAGAUAUCAACUUUAACGAGAAUCCUGAGUCAUAAAUGCGUUUUUUUCCUGGGUCAUAAAUAGGUUUAUCCCGCACAAGUCAAUUACAUUAUAAUGUCAAGGGACGGCAGGGCAAACUGCAGUUUGGGGUUUUCGAAAAUUUUCAAAUUGUAAGCACUAUCCUUAAUAAUCGAUCCCUAUCCUCCAAUGCUAUUCGAGGCGAUUCGCAGUUUCUUCACUCCAGGCUAUUCUUUUUCUUUGUGCAACUCUACUCUUAUCCACUUUUGUCGGCGUGACUAUGCUUUAGUUGAAAAUAGGUUAGAUAGCUCUUAUGAUGACAUAAGAAACGAGUGCCUUUUACGCUUGUCAUGGGCUCUGGCUCACUCUAGACGACCUGAAGAUGUGCAACAUGGGAUAAGAAUGCUUGAAGGUGAAAAAGGUUCAUCAGAUAACACUGAUGACACUUUGCAAAUGAAACUUAAGGCGUAUAUACUUGCGGUUGGGUAUUAUAGAAGUGUUAUAGAAGUGGGGACUACUCGAAGAGCUUGGACCAUGUUAACAGCUGUUUGGAGAUUGCAUACGACUGGGAAAAGGCGAUAAGUCUCAAAAAAGCAAUUGAAGUCUGUAUCAAAAAAGGGACAGAUGGAAUGACCGGUAUGCAUAUUGAUACCACUGCUGUUGGUGUUAUUGUUGGUGUUGGUGUUCUUGUAGCUGGUGGACUAGCAGCUAUCCGAUAUCACAAUAAUUGAGAGCAUACAUCAUGUGAUACAAUGUCAUUCUCAUAAUGUGCAUAACAUUAGUAAUAUAUCCAGCGUUUCGGAAACAAAAAUAUGAAUCUAUUAACUUGUCCUUUGUGCUCUUGUGUUUUCCCCUCAACGUUGUUUAAUCUGAUCUUUUGAGUUCGUUACUUUGAUUAUGUUUGAACGUGAAUGUUAUUUACUUUUGAAAGCCUUGUCACUGGAAAAAGGAAUACUCUUAUGUAAAAUUUGUUGUACAUAUAUACUGUAUAUUUUAACCAUAUAACAGAAAUAUCAAUAGUCUAUAACUUGUGUUA